AAGGAGUCGUCCCCGCCGGAGGAAGCUUACUGAUGGCAGCGUAGUAACAAAGAUAGUAAGCGAGUAUUACUCGGCACCUGCUGAUUUGUGGCAGUGUUUGAUAUGACACAGCGAAAUGUUUUGGCCUCAACAGAGAGAUGCUGACCUCGUCUUAAGAGUGACCAGAUCAUCCCAGACAGGACAGCAGGACGGAAAUAAGAGCCAUCAUGGCUGGCAGGCAGCAAAGACCUCCAGCUGCUCCAGACGGCUCAGCAGAGGCCAAAAGGACGGACCUCAGGACCAAUGAGAAGAAGUGCUCUUGGGCCUCCUACAUGACCAAUUCUCCAACUGUGAUCGUGAUGAUUGGUUUGCCCGCUCGAGGGAAAACCUACAUGUCAAAGAAGCUGACACGGUACCUCAACUGGAUCGGAGUGCCGACAAAGGUAUUUACUGGAGUUUAUAGGAGAGAAGCAGUGCAGUCGUACAAGUCCUACGACUUCUUCAGACAUGACAAUAAAGAAGCAAUGCUAAUUAGAAAACAGUGUGCUCUGGUGGCACUGGAGGAUGUCAAGGCCUAUCUGAAUGAGGAGGGAGGCCAGAUCGCUGUUUUUGAUGCCACCAACACCACCAGAGAAAGGAGGGAACUCAUCCUUAAUUUUGCAAAGGAUAACGCCUACAAGGUGUUCUUUGUUGAGUCAAUAUGUGACGAUCCAGAAGUCAUCGCUACGAAUAUCCUGGAUGUGAAGGUGUCCAGCCCAGAUUACCCUGAGAGGGACAGAGAAAGCGUCAUGGAGGAUUUUCUGAAGAGAAUAGAGUGUUAUAAAGUGACGUACCAACCUUUAGAUCCAGACGAACACGACAAGAACCGCUCCUUCAUCCAGGUCAUCAAUGUUGGCCGUCGUUUCUUGGUCAACAGGGUGCAGGACUACAUUCAGAGUAAAAUAGUGUACUACCUCAUGAACAUCCACGUCCACUCCCACUCCAUCUACCUCUGUCGGCACGGAGAGAGCCAUCACAAUGUGGAAGGACGCAUCGGGGGAGACUCGGAACUGUCCGAGAGAGGGAGACAGUUCUCGACAGAACUGAAGGGUUUUGUGGAAGAGCACCGUCUGUCAGACCUGAAGGUUUGGACGAGCCAACUGAGACGCACCAUCCAGACGGCAGAGGAGCUGGGAGUUCCCUACGAGCAGUGGAAGAUCCUGAAUGAAAUAGAUGCUGGUGUGUGUGAAGAAAUGUCCUAUGAGAUGAUUGAAGAAACGUACCCAGAGGAGUUUGUCAUGAGGGACCAGGACAAGUACCAUUACCGCUACCCUGGAGGAGAGUCCUACCAGGAUCUGGUUCAGCGGCUGGAGCCAGUCAUCAUGGAGCUGGAGCGACAGGGCAACGUGCUGGUCAUCUGUCACCAGGCGGUCAUGCGAUGCUUGCUCGCCUAUUUCCUGGACAAGAGCGCAGAUGAUCUGCCCUACUUGAAGUGUCCCCUGCACGCGGUCUUGAAACUCACCCCUGUGGCUUAUGGUUGUAAAGUGGACAUGUUUGACCUGAAGGUGGAGGCUGUCAACACUCACAGGGACAGACCAUUAGAUAAAGUCAGAGCAGAUGCCGUGCCGCCAGCUUUCCUCCGACGUAACAGCUUCACGCCGUUGUCCAGCCAGGACCAGAUUAAACGACCUCGUCUUUACAGCGUGGGCAACCCUCCGCAGGCCCGCAUGUCCCAGGCCCCCACAUUACCCAGGAUGCAGUUCUCCGAGGCAUCCGAGGGGGCAGAGUUGCUACAAAGCGUAGACUCUGUAAACGGCUUUAGUGCAGCGGACACAGACGACUGUGUUCGGAGUUAAAGACGCAAACCGAGAGGCUUUUCUCCACAUGGAUGUAUCUCCGGUUCUGAGGACCAGCAGUAAAAUCCCCACCAGCUUCAGCCAUUACAUUCCUAAACAAUGUAUUACACUAUAUCUGUGUAACCCUACAUGUGUUGUCUCUUGGGUUUUUGUUGGAUGGUUCAUGUGCGUGUUAUUAAGCGUUAACAUGCGUACAUGAACUCAACGCCUUUUGCACAAAAGCCUUUUAUAUCUCGGCCGAGAUCCAGCUCAGAUAUGUAAUAAUGUAGAGAUCUGUAGUAAGUAGACACUAAAAAACACAUCUUAGUUCCUAGUACACUCCACAUACUGUAGUCUGCAGUCGUAGUACGCUGUAUUAGAUGUAGAACAUGUCGAUUGUGAAUUGUAUACCUCGAUGGAAGAUGCUACCUUUUUGUAAUUUUAGUGUAAGAGAGUGCUUCUCUUGAAGGAAGCCAUAUACAGCCUUAGUUUUUCCUCCGAUUCUUUCUUUAAGUUAGAUUUUUAAACAUUCCUAAGUCAUGUGCAUCCUUCCUCAAGUACAGCUUAUGACCAGAUGUAGUAAUAAUUGUAUAUAUAGUGUAAUUUAAAGCAUAUUAAGCUUGCAGUGGGGCAGACACGAGCUGUAAAAAGUAAUGAGAUGUUUCGUCUGGCUCUAUAAUAAAUGUGGCAGCUACUGUGCAAAAUAUCUUCUCUGCAAAGAUGCCUACCUGUAUGUUUUGCCUUCCACUCAAAUUAACAACUUUUAUACAUACAUAUAUGUAACUGUGGACUAUGAUAAUGUAAAGCUGAUGACAUUUGAAGUCCAUAAAUGAUUGAUGCAGAUAUUUAAAACAUGAAGCGCUCAGGAGUUUUAAUGCGUCAUAGCUACACGCCGAUGAGUUAUGCACUACUGACGAAGGGUACUGUAUGUUCAUCACUAACCUUUUAGUAACCUUACGGAUAACAUCUAUUCACAUUGAUGUUUGUAUCUGCAAUAACUCAAUAUUUGGAAAAAGUGCCUUUAUUUAAAGGACGACAAGGCUGUGACGAUAGUAAUCAAACUUUGAAACUGAACUGAAGGAUGGGCAAUAUAUUAUGUGGAUGAUUUGUAAAGUGCUUUUAAGGUUAUUGCACACUGUGGCGUACAUGUUUCAUUUAAUAAAGUUCUUUGUAAUGCAGUUUUUA